UCCACCUCAAGGCACAGAACUCUCCUUUGAUAAUCACUCUCUAAAAGCUCUCUCUUAAUCCUUCCCACUCUCGUGUGCCUUUCGUUCAUCAUCCAAAAUGGCCAGCAAGAUCUUAGCGCAGGUGUUCGGAAUGGCGGAUCGGCCCGUGAAGCAGAUCGACCAGAGCAUGCUUACCGGUCUGCUCGGAGCCUUCGAUGAUGAACGGUUCAUGAAGGAACUCCUCCACACCCAUGCCCCUGAUGAGUCCGCGGACAUCAAUGUCCAGUCCCUGUUUGUCCUUGCUGAGAACACACUCCGUGGCUCCACAGGGAUCGUCGAUAGCUUCGUCAACCCUAACAAAGGAAGCCCAGCUGCAGGGGCAUCAACUGGAGGCACGGUGCUGAAGCCCCCAAAGGAUGGUUUCAACCCUCCUUUAUCCACCAUCAGUGAAAUUGGCUGUGAGAUCACUUGCAAGGCAUUGGACACCAAGAACGUGCGAGAGACGAUGAUUUCGGUAUUCCACGAGCUGUCCCCUUACUCAUGGGUGUCCAAGGCGGUCCUCACCCUCUCCGCCUUCGCCCUCCACUAUGCCGACUUCUGGCGCCUGGCCCAUGUCCACACUUCCGACAGGGUUGCCGAGUCGAUGGCCAUCCUCAAGGGGUUACCUGCAAUCACCAAGCCCCACGACCAGCAGAAGAUCCAGGUAUUCGGAGUGCUUAAUGAGAUGGUCAAGACCACAUUGGAUAUGACCGAGUGCAUCGUGGACUUCGAGCAUGAAAGCAAGGACGUUCCCGAGCUGUCCACGGUCAUUGAUAUUUCCGCGAGCGUUUAUCAGAUUAUUGUGACGGUCCUUGCGUGCUCGGUUCAGUUCACUGCUCUCAUCAGCGCAAUUGAUGACUACAAGGGAAGGGACCUGCCCACCUUCGCUCGGAAAGUGAAUGUGAUCCACCACACCAUUAAGCGGCACUACGAACACUUCAAGCAAAAAAAGGAGGAAAUAAGAGAGUACCAAAGGCUGCAGCGCCUUUUUAACGCGCCGACGGACAAUGUGGAGCUGAUCAAGUCGUUUUUCUACAUCAAAGACAACCCUCAGCCACUUUUUUUAGGAUCCAAGAAGGUCACGGACAAGGUGGAGUCUCUGAGGAGGAAGAAAGUGCUGCUGCUGAUCACCGACCUGAAGCUCUCGAGCCACGACAUCUCAACCCUCGUGAAGAUUUACAAUGAGCGCAAAUUUCAGGAAAGCCGGUACGAGAUCUUGUGGGUCCCAGUGGUGGACGAGCCGGUGGCAGAGGAGGUUCUCUCCCAGUUCAAGACCCUCCAAGCCCAGAUGCCCUGGUACUCGGCCCUGAGCCCCAACCUUAUCAACAAAAUAGCGAUCAGGAUCAUCAAGGAGAAGUGGCACUUCCGGCAGGAGAGCAUCGUGGUGGUGAUGGACCAGCAGGGCCGGGUUGAGAACCCGAAUGCAAUGAAUCUGAUCCGCCUAUGGGGCUGGGAUGCCUUCCCCUUCACCGAAUCCGUGGGGCUCACCCUCUGGAGCAGGCGCGACGUCAACUGGUUCGAGCUACUCGUAACUGAUUUUAUCUUCCCAAAAAUAAGCGAAGCGAUCAAAGCGGAGAAGUACAUCUUGCUGUAUGGAGGUGAGGACACGAAGGCCGUCCAGGAACUUGAGGACAACAUCAAGAAGAUAAUCGAUGAUGGCGUCUCGAUAGUAGCAUUUAAUGUCGGGAAGGCGCAGCUCUUCUGGACCCGGCUCGAGAGCUGCAUGCUUUCGAAGCUCCAGACCAAGGGUGAUAUCCACGACUCGCUCAUGCAGGACAUCCUCAAGCUGUAUACCAGCUUCAAGAAGGACGGUGGAUUUGCCGUCUUGUCCCGGGGGUCCCGUGUCGUGCUUAACAGCUCCCUCUUGUUCGUCUCCAGGGUGCUCGUCCAAUAUGACUCAUGGAAGAAGCAGGUGGGCCAGGCUGGGAAGACAUUUGAUUCUGCGGUGGUGGAGUACCACAACAAGAUAUUCGUGCUGCCGCGAUGCCACCACUUUUACAUUCCCAACAUGGUCGGAUACAUCCCGGAGGAUGUCAAGUGUCCAAUCUGCCCUCGGAUGAUGAAGAACAUCGUCAAGUUCGAGUGCUGCCACGGGGCUCAUUAGGUCUAAGAAUGGAACUUCCUACUUAACAGUCUUAAGUAGUUAUGGAAAUUAUAAAUAAGAGCCUCAGCUCUGCGGGUUCUCUAUUGUAUUCCUAGUGUGGAGGAUUUAGACCGAUGUCAGGUCCUCUGUUGUGUCUGUGUGGAUCUUAUGGUUUAUAAAAAACACUAUGAACAUGUUUUAAACUUUGUUCGUAAUGAACUAGCAAUAUGCUUUCCCCA